UUUCUCGAAACAACUUUGUUUGAGUAUAUGAAAACGCCAAUGAGUCACCUUCGUCGAAAGGAAUAUUCCAUUUUGCUCUUACCUUGUACGAGUAGAUACCUAACGCAGUAAAAAUUUGAGUAAAUAUAAAAAUAGACGAAACUUGUUACCCGAAGGGCUUGUAUGUACUUUUUAUCAAUUCAGAUAAAGAAAGUUGGCCCUAAGACAUUAAUUUUUUCUAACGGGUGUGUAAAAUUAACCUCACGAGUUGGUCAAGCUUUACCAUUGUGCCACGUAUAAAAGUUCUGGAGAUUUUUUAUUGAAGUUUUUAUCAAUAUCAGUGUAACGUAAAAUGCAUCCAGAAGUUGAAAUUAGAUCUGAAAAAUUAAGUUAUUGGAAGGGAGACGACUCAGAUCCGUUGAAAAAUCUCACCAUAGGACAGCUAGUUGAGCAGGCAGCUGAACGGUAUGUUGACAGAAUUGCUAUUUCUGCUUAUGGAGGUAAUCGAUUUACCUUUGCCGAAGUAUUGGAAAAGAUCGAUAUUUUAGCAGCAGCGUUUGCAAAUUUGGGAUUAAAACGAGGAAAUCAUGUUGCAUUGUGGGGUUUCAGCACGAUCGAAUGGUAUUUGUCAUUUUUAGCUGCAUUCAGAGCUGGUCUUGUUGUAGUGAAUUUAAACCCGUUAUAUCAAACUGCGGAAUUGCUAACGUGUUUAGAACAAGCAGAUGUGGAUGCUUUGAUCAUGGACGAUCAACUGGGUGAUCAUAAUUUUUACAAUAUUCUUAAAAGAGGUAUUCCCGAUGUUGAAAAGUACGACAAUAAUGUUCAUAUUACCAAUGAAGUGGUUCCUUCGCUCAAGACGAUCAUUGUGAUGUCGAAGCAGUCGUUUAAGGGUACUUUCAAAUGGUACGAUUUAUUUUCAUCUGUGACCGAAGAUCAACGACUCAAAGUUGGAGAAAUUCAGGCAGACUCAAGUCCUUUUGAUGUUUGCAAUAUGCAGAUGACUUCGGGAACCACUAGCAAACCGAAAUGUGUACAACUCUCUCAUCGCAGCUUGAUAAACGCGGCCUAUAUAGCUGGAAAACGCAAAGGUUUGUUCGAUAAGGUGCAUUGGGUAUGUCUUCAAGUACCAUUUUUCCAUGCUUAUGGAGCAGUUCAUGGUAUUUUAUCGUUGAUCGCUUCGGGUUGCGUUUUAGUUCUACCUUAUGUAAAAUUCAGUCCAAAUAAAUCGAUCGAUUGUAUCAUAGAAGAGAAAUGCACGAUUGUAUAUGGUACUCCAACUAUGCACAAUGAUCUAAUUACUACAGUUCGAACCAGAGCCUCUAUUGACGAUAAAAUUUACGAAAAAAUAUCCUCCGUUGAGACAUUUCAAGCCGGGGGAGCAAUGUGCUCACCAGAGUUGAUUAAAAACUUGAAGAAAACCUUUAGAAAUUCUCGAUUUAUGAGUGGAUGGGGUAUGACGGAAACCAGCGCCACAGGAUUCUCGACACUAUUACAAGAUACAGAAGAUAUUAUUUUAUCCACUGUUGGAAAAGUAACGGAGCAUGUCGAGGUCAAGGUUAUCGAUGAGAAGGGUGAAAUCGUACCUUUAGGAGUACCUGGUGAGUUGUGCUGCAAAGGGUAUCAAAUAAUGAAUGGAUACUACAAGGAUCCGGUCAAAACUAAAGAAGUAUUGGAUGAAGAUGGAUGGCUUCGGACAGGGGAUAAAUUCAUUUUAAGAGAAAAUGGUUACGGUGAAAUCGUUGGUAGGAUUAAGGAUAUAAUUAUCAGGGGAGGGGAAAACAUUGCACCCAAAGAAAUAGAACAGUUGCUAAUCGAACAUCCGGAUAUAGUUGAUGUCGAAGUUUAUGGAGUCUCAGAUACAAGGUUGGGUGAAGCGGUAGCUGCAGCUGUAAUCAAAUCACCGAAUUCCAGUUUAACUGAACGAGAUAUUCAAGAAUACUGCAAAGGAAUGAUUGCAUCUUACAAAAUACCACAAUAUGUUGUAUUUGUGGAGAAGUUUCCGAAAACGAUGACUGGUAAAAUUCAGAAGGUCAAAUUGAAGGAAAUGACUGAAAAACAGUUGCACCUUCCAGCUUCAAAGUAUUAGUUUUGUAAUCGUUUUUUUUUUUUUGCAUUUGUUAUUACUUUUUAAAAGGAUAAAAAAAUCUUGCCCCAA